UUAUUACAUACACAACGUAUUCCUAUCUAGUUUUCUAAUGCUCGUCCCUCAUCUUCGUAGGUACCUGAUUUUAUCCUCAAAUUUUACAAUUCUUACUUGUAAAAAUGUUUUCAACAAACCCAAACUAUAGCAAAUUAAAGACUCAUCUACGACUCUCAAUUAAUCGUUUGAAGUUGUUGGAAAAGAAGAAAACGGAGUUAGCUCAGAAGGCACGUAAAGAAAUAGCAGAGUAUAUUGCGUCAGGGAAACCAGAACGAGCUAAGAUUCGCGUAGAACACAUAAUUCGGGAAGAUUAUAUGGUGGAGGCAAUGGAAAUAGUGGAAAUGUAUUGUGAUCUAAUCCUUGCAAGAUUUGGUCUUAUAACACAGAUGAAAGACUUGGACGAAGGCUUAGCUGAGGCAAUAUCAAGCCUUAUUUGGGUUGCACCAAGAAUGCAUACAGAUGUGCAAGAGCUGAAAGUCAUAUCUGAUUUAUUGACUGCUAAAUAUGGCAAGGUAUAUGCAGAAGCCUGUCGUAGUGAGAGUGUGAAUUCUAUUAGUGAGAAACUGAGACACAAGUUGUCUGUUCAAAGCCCACCUAAGAUACUUGUUGAAAAGUAUCUUAUAGAAAUUGCAAAGAACUUUAAUGUUGAGUAUACUCCUGACGAGCAAGUUAUGAGAGAAGAAGAAGCUAGAGAUGCAAUGUUGAUAGACAUUAACGGACCCCCUAAUCCACCAGGCUUUAUUGGAUAUCCUCAGCCACCAUCAAUGCCACAGAUGCCUAAUCUCCCACCACCUACUGUAACACCUUUUAAUUAUCCAUCUAUGCCAUCUGGUGGAAAGGUUGGUGGUUUUGUUGCAACUCCGCCUAAUUAUGGUGGACCCAGCAAGCCAAUGACAUACAAAGUCCCCCCCGGUGUUGACUCCAAGACUUUCGACAACUCCUUCAUUCAGGAGGAAAUGAGCAAUCUUCCACCAGCUUAUGACAGCAUAGAUCACUCCUUGCCUCCAAACGUGCCAAGUUCAAGUAAUCCUCCACAGCCCCAACCAAGGACCAAACCGCCAACAAACUAUUUCCCCGAACUUCCGGAACUACCCUCAGUUCCGUCAGAUCUUAUUCUACCCUCGGUUCCUCACAGUUCUAACUCCAAUGCUUCAAAUGAGCCUAAUGCACCGGAUGAGAUUGAUUUCGAAGAUCUGAACAGACGUUUUGAAGAAUUGAAAAAGAAAAAGUAAAAUGAUUAGCUUUUUCAUUGAUAUCUGCAAAGCAUAUUUUUUUUAUUCGUUUAUACAUUUUAAUUUGUCACAAAACUCAUUUAUCAAUGGCUUAUUUCAACCAAAACUAACUGUAUCUUUGGUUUAUAUACAAUGGAUAACAUAUAUGAUUACUGUAAAUAUGUUAUAUUUUAUUUACUUAUAGGUUAAGAAUAUAUUGAACUGAAUUGUGAUAAAUAAAAAACGAUAUGUAUAAAA